AGCUGCAGCUCCACGCGCGCGCCUUCGCUUCACUUCCAACUUCAAAUGCGCGCUUUACACCUUCAGGGACAUUUAUAUUUUAUUUUAGUUUUUAGUCGUUUUAUGGGAAGUCUUUUUUUUGGAAAGUGGACUGUUUCAGUUUUAGCAUCUUCAGCUCUUCUGACUGCAGAGCAUACGGCUGUAUGACAAGGUGCGUGAAGCUCUCAUUUGAGUUGGAUCUCUGGGCAUCAUGAAGGUUCACACUGCCAGCAUGGAGGCUACUGAACACUGAGCCUCAUCUGCUUCUCAUCUCAGUUCAGCAGUGCAUGUGAGCACGGAGUCCCUCUGAGUGUGUGUGUGUGUCUGUGUGUGUGUGUGUGUGUGUGUGUGUGUGUGUGUGUGUUGGCUGUCAUGGCAUUUACAUUAUCGGAGAUCAUGGCUGCACGACGGCAGUCUCAAAGAGGAGUGAGAGGAGCAGUGGAGGUGGACGAGUACAGUGCAAACCCCACUCAGGCCUUCACCUUUUACAACAUUAACCAAGGACGCUUCCAGCCACCCCACGUCCAUAUGGUUGAUCCGUUACCCCAUGACACCCCUAAGCCGCCAGGCUAUACUCGCUUUGUGUGCAUCUCGGACACACACUCGCGCACGGACGCUAUUCAGAUGCCGUACGGCGAUGUGUUGCUGCACGCAGGAGACUUCACUGAGCUCGGCUUACCCAGCGAGGUCAAGAAAUUCAACGACUGGCUCGGCACCCUGCCUUACGAGAUAAAGAUUGUGAUAGCGGGAAACCACGAGCUGACGUUCGAUCAGGAGUUCAUGGCCGAUCUGAUCAAGCAGGACUUCUACUACUUUCCGUCCGCCUCUAAGCUGAAACCUGAGAAUUAUGAGAACGUGCAGUCGCUGCUCACCAACUGUAUCUACCUGCAGGACUCAGAUGUUACUGUCAGAGGUUUCCGCAUCUACGGCUCACCGUGGCAGCCGUGGUACUACGGCUGGGGUUUUAAUCUCCCACGAGGGCAGGCGCUGCUGGACAAGUGGAACCAGAUCCCUGACUCCACUGACAUUUUGCUCACACACUGCCCUCCUCUGGGUUUUCUAGACUGGGUGCCGAGAAAGAUGCAACGUGUCGGUUGCAUGGAACUGCUGAACACGGUGCAGAGACGAGUCCAACCCAAAUUACACGUCUUUGGACACAUACAUGAAGGUUAUGGCAUGAUGACUGAUGGAACCACUACAUUUAUUAACGCCUCGGCCUGCACAGUCAACUUCCAGCCCAUGAACCUGCCCAUCGUCUUUGACCUGCCCAAUCCCAGGAGCUCGUGAUUGAACUCGGCCCCACCCAAUGCCUCCCAAAAUCAGGGUUUCAUUUCCAAGCCUAUCUGGGUGCUGUUUUUGUGUACAUAUUACAGAGAGAGAGACUACUGUGGAAGAUUUGAAUCUCUUGUCGUGCCAUGUUCUUUUCUCAAAUCCUGCCUCAUUUCCCGAGCGAUUCUCACGCUUUCAUUGCACUUAAAAUCUUGUGACAAUCCCUCUUGUUUAUUAACGGUGGACAUGCAUCAUACGGCGCAACCAUCUUACGGACUGCGUGAGACGCGUAAGAACGUCUGACUUUUAAUUACUUCACAUCGGAGACGGCUUAAGAUGCCCGUGGUGUGCUGACUGAAUCUGAUCUUCUCUGAUUGAUCUGAUCCGAUUUGAUCUGAUCUGAACUGAUGGACGUGUCUAUUUCCAGCCUCGUUGUUCCCACUCUUCUUCUUCAGUGCUGGACAGAGAGGACCUCUCGUCAGGGUUUGGACUCCAAAUCAGACACUGUUAUAAAAUAUCAUGUACAGUUGCUGUUGUAUAUAAAAAAAUCUCCAUUUUUAUGCUUCUGUUAUUUGUUUUAUUGUAAAUCUGUGUGACGUGAGCGUGUCCUUGAAAUCGAUUCAAAGCACACAUUUUAUUAGAUCUCAUUAAGAUGCAUUUAUUCUUUUUUCCUCAUCCGAAAAUGCUCAAAGUGCACUUUUUGCCUAGCGAGUAUAUGUUGCUCUACAUGUUUACACCUGUGUUUUUUUUGUUUUUUUUUAACUCCUAGCGAUUGUUUAUGUCUGUGGCUUUAAACGUUCCGAUUACGCUCAUUGUUAUAUUUCCAAUUAAAAUAAAGUGGUCUUUUGUUUUGUCUUAUUAUUAUCUUAUUAUUUUUUUAAAAUAUGUGGAUGAAUAAGUGUAUGAAUCAGAUGAGCAUGUGUGAGAGAGCAUCAGGUCAAAAAAAAAAAAAAAAAAAAAAAAAAAAAAGCACUUCUAAUGGCCAGAAAAGUAAAGACUGAAUAAAGAAAAUGAAGACAGAGAACAGCAUUUGGAUGAUUAUGUAAAGGCUUGGAGUCUGAAUUACUGUGCCAUAUUUAUUUAUUUUAUUUUUCUUUUUUCUGUUGAAUUCUUGAAUCUGAUUGGUCGUUUCUAUAGUAACGGCUUACGCAGGGACUUUACUGUACUGUAUGAUGGAUGAAUAAGUAAAUGGAUGUAUAAUUCUUAAUAUGGUGAAGUUUUCUUUUUUUUUUAAGAGGCUAAAAGAAGGAGUCUCCAGUGUUAAACCUGCUUUAUUUUGUCUUAUUAACAUCAUCAGAGGGGAAAAAAAAGAAAUUCUGGUGAGAGAACGACUAUUUAAUAGCUGCUAUAACGUAAUCGCUUUUUUGCAACAUUAAAUGUAUCUAAUAAAGUGUUUCACAGUAAAA